AUGGGAUACCCCAAGGAAUUAAAGGCGAUUACUCGCAAGUUGACAGACAAUAUUGUGAUUUCAAGCACAGCUUUCUCACGCAAAGAUGUACUCAAUAUCGGAGCACGGAUGGCAUUGUUCAACUACAACGGUGGUGUGGUGGUAUGGUCUGCUUUACCCUAUGGAGAAGUUGUGACAGAUGCACUCAAUACUUUGGGUAACACUAAAGUCGAGUAUUUGAUUGUUCCAGAUAAGGAGCACACUAUGGCUGUUAAGUCAUUUCAGAAUGUAUACCCCAAUCUUAAGGUCAUUGGAAUGGAGAACAUCAAUGUACACGCGGAUUAUGUUGUGACUUCCAAAGAUAGCGAUAAGUUGAUUGGGAAAGCGGAAUUGGAAGGGUUGGGCAUCAAAGAUUCAAUUAUCUUGGAUAACUUUGAGUUUGUGUACUUGCCAUAUCACGUGAACCAAGAGCUUGUGAUGUUUGAUAAGAAUAGUCAAAUACUUUUCGAAGCAGAUCUUCUCUUUAAUAUGCAAGAUAGCAUGGAACAGUAUUCUCCUGGAACUGGAUAUUCUGAAAACUUUUACCCUCAUAGUGGGUUAUCGUUCCUUACUAGAUACAUGCAACCAUACUCUAAGGUGGGGAAUAAGAUGACUGGUAUAGUUGCGAAACCAGACAAGAAUGCGGUUGGCUUGAGACAGAUCUAUGAUUGGAAUUUCCAUACCAUUGUUAUGUGUCACGGUAAUAUACUUAACAAGGGUGCCAAGGAGGCUUUCAAGAAUGCUUUCUCAUCUGUGAUUCAAUAG